AGGAUUGUCGUAUUUUAUCAACUUUCUACGUUGCUAGGUUUUUAAUCGUUACAAAAAUGGCAGUUUGUGGAGGAAUUACCGAGUCUAAGGGCGCCGAAAACAGCCUUGAGAUCGAAACCCUUGCUCGAUUCGCUGUGGACGAACACAACAAGAAGCAGAAUGCACUGUUGGAGUUUGUGAAGGUAGUAAGUACAAAGGAGCAGGUAGUACAAGGUAAGAUGUAUUACAUUACACUUGAAGCAAAGGAUGGUGAUGAAAACAAAACUUAUGAAGCCAAGGUGUGGGUUAAGCCAUGGGAGGACUUCAAGGAAUUGCAGGAAUUAAAGCUUGUUGAUGCUGCAGCUUCUGCUUAACUUCUAUAUAUAUAUGGUGAGAGUGAUAUGAUACCACCGAUAGAUGUUGUUCUUGAAGGUAUCCAUCACUUCUUUAUUAAAUAAACGUAUAAUUGACAUUGUUUUGGUAAGCUACAAAUUAAAAUGAUGUAUUUCAUAAUUAAUAUAUGAUAAAUUUGAAUAAAGAUGAGCUUGAUUCGAUGGAUUAUUGAUUAUAAAAAUAUGU